AUAAACAUGAUAAACUUAAAGUGUGAAUAAAUAAAACAAACGCUAUUAAAUGUAUGUCAUCAUCAUCCAAAAUAUCAAAACAUGAUUACAUCAUACUAAAUAUUACGAAGUUCUUGUCUUUAAACAUAAGAGGAGUGAAUCUUUUUUAAUUAGAUCUAAAUCUAUGCUUCUUUCUAAAUGUUUUGCCAAAUACAGCUAAGGCAAUUGUUAUUUGAUAUCUUUCAGUAUCACAUUAUUUGUUGCGAUGAUUUGAAUAUAUCAUCAUAUAAAUAUAUAUCAUAUAAAAUGAUAGACAGUUUUACAUGCAUGCCACAAAAAUAUUGAAUAUAAGUAAUACUUCAAUGUCAAUGCUAACCUUUCUAAUAAUGUUUUAAUUUUAAGGAUAUUGUUGAAGAUUGUAAUAUUUUAGUCCCUCGAAGAAGGUCCAGAAACAUGAUAGAUUCGCCAAAAGCUAUUGAUAUUAAUACAGAUCACAGCGAAAAAGACCACAUAUUGAACAAAUUCUUUGACUCCUCUGACGUAUUUGAACAUCGCAGUCAUGUUACAUGUUAUAGAGGGAAAUCAAACAGUUUGCCUGCUAUUUUCCAUUCACAUGCUUGGAAAUCGUCAAUGGAUAGAAAAUCUAUUCCUUUUCAAUUUAACAAAUUUGAUGAUAGAUGCUCCGAAUCGUCCAUGGGCAUCAAUAAAGGAACUUCCGAUGAUUCAGCGUCAGAAAUGGAAGAUGUCAUCCUUGAUUUUGAAAGUAUAAGAAGCUCUGGUGCUGAUGCUAAUGAAAAUAACUCAAAUAUGUUUUGCAAUUGUUUACCAAGACUUGGAAUGGGUGGGAAAAUGUAUUUUCAAAUGGAAAUUAUAAACAUUAGAGAACGACUUGGCAGUGAUAGUCAGAUUUCCAAACGUGGCAAAAUUAUAAAGGAGGAGAAGAUGUUUGAUCAAAUCUUGUCAAUAACAGAUUUUGAUACAACAACAGAGUUUCGACCACGUUUAUACAGCGAAAGUUAUCUAAAUAAAAUGAGAAUCAAGAAAUGUGGUCAAGAAAAACAAGUUGCAGGAAUAGAAAUCUUAACAACAGAAUUAGCACGGACAAGAAGUGAUGAACAUAUUAAAAGACGGAAUGAUGAUACCAGCAACACUCAGGAAACACAUAACAUGAUGCCGUUUAGACCUCGAGUUGGUAGUGAGAGUCAACGUUUCAGACAUAAAAGAUGCACACAAGAAACAAAUGAAACGGCACCCUUCAGACCUCGACUCGGCAGUGAGAAUCAACGACUUAAAAAGACAUGCACGAAAGAACCAAAUGACAUGGUACUGUUUAGACCCCGAGCCGGAAGUGAGAGUCACCGGCUCAAAAAUAAAAGUUGCACGCUAGAACAAAAUGACACGGUACCUUUUAGACCCCGAGUCGGAAGUGACAGUCAGCGGCUAAAACAUAAAAGUUGCACGCUAGAAACAAAUGACACAAUACCAUUUAGACCACGAGUCGGUAGUGAUUGUCAAAGGUUUAAAAAUACUAGGUGCACCAACGAAAAGGAUGAUGUAGUACCAUUUAGACCCAGAGCCGGAAGUGAGAGUCAACGAUUUAAACAAACUAGUUGCCAACAAGAAAUAGACGACAUCGGACCAUUUCGGAAUCGAUUGGGCAGUGAAAGUCUUGUGUCUAAAAUGAAAUACAAGAUUAAAGAUAGAAAACAGGUUGGAAGGGUUAACCAAGUCGUCGAAUCAGAAAACCUUGCAAAGUGCAGACCACGAUUAGGAAGCGACCCAAUUGUAUCAAAAUGUCGAAGAAAAGGAAGGAAACGCAAUGGGAGCGAAAGUUCGGCAACGUCCAACAGCUUGAAAGACAGUUCUACUGGUAGUCCCGAUGAACAAAAUGGGUCGUCAAAAGCCGAUGGAAUAAACAUAUCAAAAGUCGUCGUCUCUGGAGUAAAUCUCCGUGUACCAGAGAUAAACAUCACAGAUGCUGACACACAUGACAUUUGUCAACAGCAAGAAACAAGUUUGAAUUGGAAAACUAUAGACAACAAACUACUGGCAGACGUUGGUAAAGUUCAAGAUUUAGAUGACAUGCAAUUUAGACCUCGACUUGGAAGCGAAUCAAUGGUUUCAAAACUGAAAAACAGAGCAAGAGCAAGAACAAGAAAGAGCGAAGACACACCUACUUCAAAAAGUACAGAUACAUUAGAUGAAAAAAUAGCUUUGUUAAGUCUUGAUGGACUGAACUGCCAUUCUAAACCCAAAAGCAAAGGCAAGACAAGUAAGAAAACUCAAAGCGGUGUAUGUAAAUUACCUAAAAUAGAUUAUAAACACAAUGGACAACGUAAGCGCAAGACCUCACUAUCUGAUAAAGAUAAAACCAAAACUGUCAAGGAAAAACGACACACUACGAUGAAGAAAUCUGGACGCAGUCGUUCAUUUGAUGAAGUUUCGAGGUAUUCAGAAGGGGAAUAUACUGAUUUGUCGUCUACACCCACAGACAUACCAACAAGAACACCGGAACCAGUUUUGUUUAAAGAGUUCUCGGAGUUUGAAAAGGGAUUUGCAAAACCACUUUCGCCCAUGCGCUCUAAUGGGUCAUACCAGCCUCGCUAUUGUUGGUGCACGCGAUGCCAGAUGAUGUUUAAUAUGUACAAAGCUGACGAUGACAGACUGGAAACGUGGGGAAAUUAUCCCUGUUUUAAAUUUUAAGACUUUCGCAACCUUAUUACAUGUUACAUUUGAUUUAAAAUUUGUUUGAAUUUGUUUUUUUACAGCAUACAUUGGUUUGAUUUU